UCUUCUUUGAAUUUGAUGGUUGCGGCUCUUCGACUCUUGUAGAUUUUGAGGAGCUACACUGAAAUGUUGGUUGUCAAAACACCAUCAUGAUGUAGGACGACAAACUGAAGUGUUCUUCUUUCAUUACCGUCUUCAGUAGUGUUGUUAUUAGCAAGUUAACUUAACAAGAUGGCAUAUAAUCCGCAUCGGAAGCGGAGGGACCCUGAGUCUUCAUUGCUUACUGUGGUCUUCAGGGAUACUUUGAUAAACUAUCUCAAUUUAGAUGUGGAUCUACUGGCACAGUUGGUGAAAUUGGAGCUAAUUACUGUGGAUCAGGCUGAGACAAUAACUAAAAAUCUCAGUGGGAUUAAGCUUUCAGUUCAUCUGCUACUGAAGAUGAUAGAAGAAGUCCAGAAUCCAGACAAAGUUUCUUUGUUCAUGAAAGCUCUCAGAAAAUCUGGUGAGGACACAACCAAUGCUCUACUUGCAGACUUCAUUGCUGGAGUUAACAGCCCUCAGGAUUUUGACAUCGAGCAUAAACUCAUCACUGAGUUUUACCCACAACUUCAAGACAUAGAUCCUGCAGAAAUGGCCAUCUACCUUACGUACAUAAGUCCUGAUGAGAAGCAUAGCUUGAUUUGUAAACGAGAGGUGGGAGAGAUCUCCCAGGCCAGGACUACUUUGUUGCUACUGACCCUCAGGACCCUUGAACCGGGUUGGUUUGAGGUGUUUCUUUGUGCUCUGGAAAAUACCAAUCACGGGAGUAUCGCAGAGAAGUUAAGAUCAGGCAGACAGAGAGCCCUGAUGUCAAGAAGCAAACAGAAAGAAAACAACCCUUACUCAGUUAUUUCCAGAAGUCUGGAGUCACUCGCCCUACUAGAUGGUGAUCCUAUGGAAGAUGAUACAACACAGGGUCAACCAACAGGUGAUUCCUUUUCAAUGGAAGAGAUCGACGGCAGUGCGUGGGGUGGAUAUAAAGAGCCCUCCUCUACAAGAUUACACAGGACAACUUCAUUUGAUUCACCAGACGCGUCACGUCGAGGAUUUCAACAACGAUCCCGUUCGUCCAGCAUGAAACGCCCUCACCCAAUGCACAGUCGGAAAUUGUCUUGCAGUCCGAAAAGAAUAGGAAUUGUUGAACAAGGGUCACUCAAAAGAAAAAGGAGUCCAUCGGAAGAACGCCCUCUACAAGUUGUCCACCACCAUUAUCACAACACUGUGAAUGCACCCAACAGUACCAAUUCGACGAUAGUGUUUGGUGGAGAUAACAAUGCCAUCAACAUCUUGAAGGAGGACAAAGGUCAUGUGUCAAAAAAAGCAUUUACAUGUAGGACACAACCCGAGCCAAGACUCGACGGGGAAGACCAACCUGACCAUGCUGCGAUGCCUCCCGAAGAUGAUAUACAAGCUGGCACCAUGGCCACAGGAGACUCAUUCACACCACAAGAGGAUAAAACAACCUCUGCAGCGCAGAGGCCGGUGUUAUUUGACGACCAACUGGAGCUUGCUGAGGAUGCAGUCAGGGGUAAAAAUACCGUCUUGGUAGCACCGACUGGAUCCGGUAAGACUCACGUGGCGGCUUACAUCAUCCAUGAUCACUUCAUCAGUCAACGACCCAAACCGAUCCGAGACAGAUGUGCCCUGUUUCUUGUGACCACGGUGAAUCUGGUCGAUCAGCAGAAAAAUAAGUUGAGGGAAUUACUCCUCCCCAUGGAUUUCUUCUCGGUCAUCGGUUUAUUCGGUGCCUCGGAGUCGACCCUUCAGAAAGAGAUGACAAGCAAGAAUGUGAUCGUCCUGACUGCCCAACUCCUGGAGAAUGCCCUGGACUACAUCCCUCUGGAUCAAUUCUCACUGUUGGUGUUUGACGAGUGCCAUCUCUGUCAGAAAGACCAUGCUUACAACACUAUCAUGGCACGCUACCUCAAUGAGAAACAGAGUGGAAAUACCAACUUACCACAGAUCAUUGGAAUGACGGCCAGUCUAGGGACCGGAAAGGCAGGCCAUCAGCACCAAGCAGAUCAGCAUACCAUUCAGAUAUGUGCCAACAUGGACGCCCAAAGCAUCUCCAUGGUAACAAGGCACACAGAACAGCUGAAGAACCGUGUGAACAUUCCCAAAGAGGUGGAACCGAUGCAGGUGAACUGCAGGCAAGUUAACCCUUUUGCUGAUAAAAUCAAGGAGAUUAUGAAAGAAGUGGAAGAUCUGCUACUGGAAUCUCCAAGUUCUGCAAUUCGUCGGCACAUGAGGAAUGAAAAAAUCCCAGGUGAGAAGGGAAGCCAGGCCUACCGUCAAUGGUGCGACAGAAUGAAGAGAAAUGCGCAAAAAAUUAUCACGCAAGAUACUGAUUAUCGCAUUCUCCAAACAUGCAUCAGGCAUUUGAUGGGUUAUAACUCAGCACUGCUAAUAAAUAAGCAGGUACGGAGUAAAGACGCCUAUAAGUACAUCGAUCAAAUGAUUGACACAAUGAAAGACCGGAUAGGCAGUUUCGUUGAAAAUGACUUUAAACUCUUGAAGAUCUUCAGUGAUGAGCAGAGGGCUUUGGAGAGGAUCAAAGACGACCGCAACAAUGAGAAUCCACUUCUUGAGAAACUCUGCGAGAUCAUCUUGGAAGAGUAUCAAAACCGUCCUAAGUCAAGGGCCAUCUUGUUCGUCAAGACCAUCGAUACCACUCACGCUCUUCAAGACUGGAUCCUGGAUACUCCGGAAUUAGAAUUCCUUAAUCCCGGAAGGAUUGCUGGGUCAAGAGAUAUGAACUCCAACCAACAGAACAAAGUGAUUGAGGAUUUCCGCAGAGGUGACCAUCACAUGCUGGUAGCAACCAACCUGCUUGAGCAGGGUACCGACGUUCCGGCUUGUAAUCUGGUCAUACGGCUGGAUUAUGUGCCAAGUGACUUUGGGCAUGUCCAGAUAAAGGGUCGCACUCGAGCCAAGGAUGGCAGAAGUUACCUCAUCUCUCUGAUCGACUCCAACGCGGCCGAUCGCGACGGUGCCAACCGUCAGCGCGAGGCAAUGAUGACACAAGCAGCUCUUAACCUCAAAGCUUCAUCAGAUGUAGCGUUUCGAGAGCAGAUGGAAUCCCAACAGGAAAGAGACAGGAUCAACCGAGAAGUCCGGCAACAACAGAAGAGAGAUAUCGUCGAGAGUAACGCAGGAAAGCGGUUCAGUUUUCGCUGCGGGAUAUGCCUGAAGCACGCCUUCUUCUCUGACGAGAUUGGAGUGUACAGGGGAUCACUUUACGUUGUCUUGGAUACUCAAUUCCCUCCGCAGAUGAGAAUGAAACCUCACCCGAAACCCAAGAAACUCGGCCAAGACUCUACGAUCAUUGGGAAGAUCUACUGCGAGAAGUGCGAGCACGAUUGGGGUUCGUUGACACGUGUCAAAACAUCAUACUAUCCAUCUAUACGAAUCGCUCAAUUCAGCCUGGUCAAUGUUGUCACUAAUGAGGACGGUACUUACAAACGGUGGAAAAAUUCACCUUUUGAUGCUGAAAAACUUGAAGAUCUUUCGCAAGCAACUGCUGUGCAAUUUCUAGUGACCUUCUGAAAAAACUGAUAAAGUUGUAAGGGAAAUUCCUUCCUAGUUAUGAGACUAUAAACAGACCAGAAAUUGACUUGUAGCACAGUCCCAAACAAGACCAAGUACGAUUCCUAUUUAUGAGACUAUAAACAGACCAGAAAUUGACUUGUAGCACAGUCCCAAACAAGACCAAGUACGAUUCCUAUUUAUGAGACUAUAAACAGACCAGAAAUUGACUUGUAGCACAGUCCCAAACAAGACCAAGUUCGAUUCCUAUUUAUGAGACUAUAAACAGACCAGAAAUUGACUUGUAGCACAGUCCCAAACAAGACCGAGAUACGUAUUCAAGUGUCAAGAGAACUACCAGUAGGAAGUAAUAAACCACAAGGGAAACUGACUGGGUAUACAGUAGUACAAACCAAUUUCUGAACUUUAGAUUUAUGUGGCAGUGCUCUACCAACUGAGCUAUCUAGCCAGUCAGAAGUCAUACACCCUUUUUAAUCAUGGAUAACUAUCAGAUUGCAAAGAGGUUCAGCAACACUUAAUUAUUUCAAUUAUCAUUCAAUCAAACCAAGCCACAACGAUGGCUUUAAAAUUUAGGUUAAAAAAAGCAGUAUCAUAUACUCAAUGUUUUUAAAUUUCAAUAUUGUGUUUAAAUGUGAAUGUUUUUAGUAUGGCGGGUUGCCCGUUAAAAUUUUCCUUGUUUUAUUUUGCGUUAAAA